UUGUGAGCAACUUGACCGUUGCUCAACGUUUUACCAACAACGGUAUUUUUCUAAGCGAGUGCAUAGAGGAGUGCAGCCAUUUCUUUGAUCGCACCGUGUCCUGCUUUCAGCGUUGUUUGAGAGGAGUCUCUCUUCGUCCGUCACACAAACUUGGGAACACAGAGAAGUUACAUUUUCCUCCGGUUUUCUCGGCUGGCUCGCUCGCCAGCUGAAUUUCGUCGGGAUGGACCCAGCAAGCAGAUAUCAAGUGCUGCACAAUGAGGACGACUCUUCCGAGGCCUCCGCCAGCGAGCAGCAGCCAUCCACCUCCGCCACAGCCCAGGCCAGCACGUCUCAGGACCAGAGCCAGUGUCAGGCCAGCGCGGCGGCGCCCGCUGCUGCCUCCACGUCAGGAGAAGCUUCGGGAUCAAGGACUCAGGGGGAGGCGGAGGCUCCUCCUCCUCCGUACGCCUCCAUCGACCUGGGAGCGACCGCAGCUGCACCUGAGACCAGUUUCCGAGGAGACUUCCCGGUGCCUCCGCCCUACAGCGUCGCCACCUCGCUGCCCACGUACGAUGAAGCGGAAAAGGCCAAAGCUGCCGCCAUGGCUGCAUCCACUGUGGAGGUGAUGCCACGGGAUGAUGAAUUCCCUCCCAGAGAUGAUUUCAGUGAUGCCGAUCAGCUGCGAGUUGGGAACGAUGGAAUCUUCAUGUUGGCCUUUUUCAUGGCCUUCCUGUUCAACUGGAUCGGGUUCUGCCUGUCCUUCUGUCUGACCAAUACCAUCGCAGGACGCUACGGCGCCAUCUGCGGCUUCGGCCUUUCCCUCAUCAAGUGGAUUCUCAUCGUCAGGUUUUCUGAUUACUUCACUGGCUACUUCAACGGUCAGUACUGGCUCUGGUGGAUCUUCCUGUUGCUUGGUCUCCUGCUCUUCUUCAGGGGUUUCGUCAACUACCUAAAAGUCCGCAACAUGUCAGAAAACAUGGCCACCUCUCAUAGAACACGCCUCUUCUUCCUCUAUUAAAAAAAAAGGUUUCCACACCAAUCACCAUUCCUUUCCAAUGUGAAGUUCCUUCCCUUCCCCCCUCGAAUGACCUGAGAGAGCCUUGCAGUGAAGAGAGGAGACGGGGAAGGAAUGAAGGAAAGAAGUAGGGAGAAAGUGUUACCGGUCUCAUUGCAAGCAUAACAUGACUCAAGUCUCUACUUCUGAACCCAGCCGAAAACAAGUCUCCGAUGAUCAGAUCUCUUCCUGGCUUUUGUUGUUGUUUUUUCAUUUUCCUUUGAUUCAAAAAGAUCUUUUUUUUUUCUUCUUUUUUUCGAUUAAAUAUCUUUACACAAUCUGCUCUCGGAUCGUGAGAAACAUGUCUUGUCUCCUCAAGAGCAGAGGAGCUGUGUUGAGAUACAUGACCUCAGUUACCAAUAUUCACACAUCCAAUUAAAGCACAAUGAAACAAAAAUACCAAUAGUAUAAACUCAAUCAUUUUGACAAUUAUAAAAUUUAUAAAGAAACUAAUUUUCUAUGACAUCACGCGCCCCAUGUAAUGUAAAAAAACAAAAAAAACACAGUGACAGCAGUUUUAUUAGCGUAUGACUGAAUGAGAAAGCUUCUCUGUCUAUGAAGUAGCGUUUGGAAUUUUAAAAUAGAAACUGUGUAGGAAGUGGAAAUCUAUUCUGAGCGUUUGAUAUUCAAAUCUCCCCUCCAAACUUUGCCUCUUUUUGUCUCCAACUCCGGCGACAAAAAAGAUCAAGCAAAGAUUUCUAAACUAGAGUGCUGCCUGUUUGUAGUUCCACAUAUUUCUCUCUCUCCACAUUCGACGGUUUUGCCAUUCCAGCUUUUUUUUUUUUUUUUUUUUUUUACAUUCAGGGUGUUUUGAACAAGUCUUACUUUUAACCAUGAUGUAGCAUUUUUUACACCCUCAUUAACACGUGUGGCUCAGCUCAAAUUAACCCCGCUGUAGUUUGAGAGUGUGCGACGUCGUUAAAAAAAAAAAAACCCUGAGAAUUAGAAGCAGAAAGGCAAGAUGGAAGAUCUUGAUGUUAAGGGUGCUCAAAUGUGCAUGUGUGAGGAAAACCAGAGAUAUGCAUCCAUCAGUUUACAUAUCAUAGACCCUGAUGCUUGUAGUGUUUUCACCAAUACAACAUUUUUAAUCAUCUCUGAGCCGUUGAACAAACGAGCAAACCAGAAAAUAACAUUAGAUGCAGGAAAUUCUUAGACAGUGAAAAAAAAAAGGAGUCCCAGAAAUAGCUUUUUUUUUUUUUUUCUUCAUUCCUUGCCUUUUAAAGAUAAAUUUCAUGCUGACCUGACCUAUGCAGUAGCAAUUUUAUAUCCAUUUACCAGCACCGUUCUCUCCGUUGGCAUUCUCUUGGUUUGAAUCAAAGAAAAAUGAAAAGAAUGUUUCCAAUAUGGCUCCCGAAAAACCAAAACUUAAUCAUCUGUUCCGACCAUAUUUUUACAGUGUAUGGUAGAAAACUCCCAUGCCACGUUUCUGGGGGUCACUUCAUUACAACAUUCAGCUGUAAAACAUGAUCUAUGAGGUUUUUUUUUUUUUUCCUCUCCAGCUCCGCACUGAUUGCCAAAUAUGUCUGGCUAAAACAGUAUCUGUAAGCUACCACAGCUAAUCGGCGGAGCCUCAUUGGAUGAAACAGUGUUUUUUUGUUUUGUUUAUUUUUUUUCGGUCACACGGCCCUGCUCCAGUAGGAUCAGCGGAAAAGUGGCCUAAAGGCAGGACUGUGUCGGCCUUGUAUGCAUCUCCUGCUUCGGUGCUGUGGAAGUGGAAUGAAGCAUUUUAAAACAUACAGUGCAGUAACUGUUACGUGCCAGGCGUGAGUAAAAAACUCUUAGAGUCUUAUGCAAUUUAGUUACUUGUAAUUACAAUAAUUGUGGAUGUAAAGUCCUGUAAUAAUAAAAAAAUAGCUGUAGUUGAAUAGUUUUAGAGAUUGAGACAUCAGGUUCGGUCCAGAGUGAAGAGGUUGUACAUUUUUUAGAUAAAAGCUGAGGAUAAAGUACGGUACACACAUGCCAACAAAAUUCUUUAAAGUUACCGGUAAAUCCGAGGUAACUGCAGUUUAAGUUUAGCAAUACAACCAAUUAAAAUGUGACUGGUUCUGCAUGUUCUGCAUGAUUUAGAGAAACCCGACACGCGGAUCUCUCUCUGGGAUUUUAUUAUUAGAUUAGAUUUAAAUUGACUUCCUUUUUUUUUUUUUUUUUUUUCCUUUUUUCGUGGAAGCUUUCGGUCGCGGCGGCGUAACAUUUACAUAGCUCCCCUCAGGAAGGUGGCGGCACAGUGAGGGCUACAUUUUCGCGUGCGAUUAAACACACGUUUUUAUUAUGUAACGAACUCAGGACAAUAUCAGCUGAUAUUGUCGUUUUUUUUCUCGUGAGCGUAACAGGAAAAAAAAAAAAAAGACGUCAGGGGAUAUCGUCCGGUGGGAACGGAGCACGACUAUGGAAUCGCGCGCACCAUGGAAACGGAGCCUGACUGGACAAAGAAAACAUGCUUUUUUGAUCAUUUUUGUCAUCCAGAAAAUGAAAUGUAAAUACCAGCUUAUGCCAAUUCAUAAUAUUUGCACUUUGAAGAACUUCUGUACAGUAUGAUUUGUGAAUCUGCUUAACUUGAUGUGGUGGGUAGAGAAAAAAAAAAAAAAAAAAAAAAAAAAAAAGUUAUCUUAGCCAUCCAAGUUUUUCAACUGGAAUUCUUAAUCAUCCCAAAUGGAUAAUUUGCCUUUUUUGCACUUUUUACUUUUCAAAUUGAUGAUAUUGUUAUUGUGUGUCUUCUUUCAUUGCGUUUAGCCUAAACUGUGACAGCUUAAGUAUUUCCUAACUCUUUUUUUUUUUUUUUUUAAUGCUUUUUUUUUUUUUUUUUUUUUGGACUGUGGUCAUAUCCCACUAAAGCCUCUUUCAGCAAUAUCAAGAUCUCAAUGAAUUAAAGCUCUGCUGCAUGAUUUAUCCACCUUGAAUAAGUGGGGUAAUAUUAGGAUUAAACGAGUACAAAUACAUUUCUUUGUUUGUAAAUAAAUGAAGAAAAAAAAAGGAGAUGGCAGCCAAAACUAUUUUUGUCCGAGAUAAUCCUUGUAACAUCCUCUUGAACAGUUGUUAUGCAUUUAUUGUAACUGGAAUUAAAUUGACAGAUGAUGUCUUGCAAAAAAUGCCAAUAAAGUUCAAAAGCCUGCCAGUAAA